AUGUGUUGGAAUUGGAAGGCUUGGUCUUUUAAUGAUGAGACCAUCGAAGGUAGGGAAUCUAUCAAUUCUUUCUGGAAAGAUUCGUGUUGUUCAUUUUGGAUUUGUGCAGAUGGCAAAGCAUCAAGCUCGGAGGGCAAGUCCCUUGUGGACAAAAGACGUUUUCUCAAAGCCUCGAUUGGUUCGUCUUCGUCUGUAGAUUUUAGCUGUAGUGUGCUGAUUGAGUCUCUAUGGAGAACCGUGUCUUCUGUGUCGACUGAUCCAGGUACAAAACUUGAUGCGCUCUGCUGUUUCUCGAUUUCGUAUUCAAGCUCAAAUUUCAUAUCGAGCAGAGAUUUGAACACUUCAUGGAACUCUUUGGAGAUAUCAUCGUUUUUGAUUACACCAUCAAUGCACAGCUGUUUGCGCACAAGACUCAGAUUUGUAACCAAUUUCAUUGUUUCCAAAUAUGUUGGUACCAGAUCUGACUCAUCAUCACAGUACCGAAACAUUGAGACCGUCAAGCUGGCUUUCGACAAGUAUUCCCCAAAGUCUCCUACAUCAAAAAACCCAAUUGUAUUCUUGCAUGGACUAUUUGGAUCUAAAGUAAACAACAGAUCUGUGUCUAAACAGCUUGUUAAAUUACUCGACAGAGAUAUAUAUUGUCUUGAUUUAAGAAAUCACGGUGAAUCACCACAUCAUCCUAGGCACGAUUACCCUUCUUUAGCUGCGGAUGUUGAACGAUUUAUCGAAGACAACGAUCUUAUAGAUCCCAUUUUGAUUGGACAUUCUAUGGGAGCAAAAACAGCGAUGGGUGUUUGCCUGAGACGACCAGAUCUUGCUUCGCUUUUGAUAUCCGUGGAUAAUGCGCCGACAGACUUCACUGCUGGUGGAACGGGUUUCAGCAAAUUUGGUCUUUAUAUUCAGCAGCUGAAGAAGAUCGAAGCUCAACCCGAUCUCAAAAGUCUUAAGGAAUGUGAUAGUGUUCUGGCUGAAGUGGAACCUAGCUUGGUUGUGAGGCAAUUUUUGCUCACGAAUAUGAGGAAAUCUCCAGAGGGAUAUUCAAGUAGAGUGCCACUGGAUACUUUAGGCAAAAGCCUUGACAAUAUCUCUGGGUGGCCGUUCAAUUAUGAAAUAUCCAGAUGGACAAAACCAGCAUUAUUCGUACGGGGAACCCAAAGUCCGUAUAUUGCAGAUGAGUAUUUAAACUCAAUUGGUCUCUUCUUCCCUCGAUUCGACCUAAAAGACGUCGAUUCAGGUCACUGGGUUAUCAGUGAGCGGCCUGCAGAAUUCAUUUCGGUCACCGUUGACUGGAUUCAAACUACGGAGGACGAUAUAUAA